AGGGACGCAUAAUUCUGAUUCUGAUACUGAUUCAGAAGAAUUAGGGUUGUAUUUUCCUUUCUUUGCUUUCAGAAUCUCAUCUCCUCUCUUCCUCUUCCCUUCUUCCGCUUUUGUAGGUACCUAGUUACUGCCCUCUCUUUCUUAGAGAGAGAGAGAAAUGAAGCUGAAGCAAUUAGAAAGCAUGUUAGGUGAGCUUCAACAGUUCUCCAAUCCAAAGGUAGAGCUGGAACAGUACCCAACUGGACCUCACAUUGCUUCUCGUAUGCUCUAUACCGCAGAAAACUCUUUAGGGGAUGUUAGCAACAAGAUAGUUGCAGAUUUCGGUUGUGGGUGUGGCACAUUGGGCGCUGCAGCUUCUCUUAUGGGUGCAGAGCAGGUUAUCGGCAUCGAUAUUGAUUCUGAAUCUCUUGAGAUAGCAUCUCUUAAUGCGGAGGAUCUUGAGCUGGACAUAAACUUUAUUCAGUGUGAUAUCAGGAACUUAGUAUGGAGAGGUCCUAUUGUUGAUACUGUUGUGAUGAAUCCUCCAUUUGGGACCCGAAGGAAUGGUGCUGACAUGGAUUUUCUUUCAGCAGCAUUAAAGAUUGCUUCUCGAGCAGUUUAUUCAUUACACAAGACCUCAACAAGAGAGCAUGUUAAAAAGGCAGCCUUGCGGGGCUUUGGUGCUAGCAGUGCAGAGGUUUUAUGUGAGCUUCGGUUUGAUGUGCCUAAGCUAUACAAAUUUCACAAGAAAAGGGAGAUGGACAUUGCUGUAGAUCUCUGGCGGUUUGCACCAAAAACUAACCAGGGAAAUGAUAAUUGACACCGCAGGAGUAAUCGGGGAAAUGACAGUGUUCCAUCAACAUUAUGGACAAGGGUAAAACAACCAUAUAUAUGUACUCCAUUCAGUGUAUUAUGAAAAUAGGAUGUAAUUCUGGACAGAUUUUGAAGAGAACAAGGGAAAAUGCAAUUUGAUCUUGUUAAGAAUUUUGAAGGGAAA